CCCGCGCGCUCACCCCGGGACCGCCGCCUGGGCCGGCGCAGGGCGAGCCCGGGGCUCUCCAUGCUGCCGGCCCCGGGGCUGCGGAGCCGGCCGGGUGGCUCCUGCGAUGGCGACGGAAGAGGAGGAGGCGGCGAGAGGUAAAGUGUUGAGCGAAGGGAACCAGUGCAUUGCUUCCAUGGUUUCCAGUCAUCUGAGCCCAUGGACAAAACCAGCAACUAUUGGAUCCUUCAGCCCACAUGUGACAGAGUUUCCAAGAAAACGAAAAGGGAGUGAUUCAGACCCAUCCCAAGAAGCUCAUAGCCAAACCGAAAAGCGGAGGAGAGAUAAAAUGAACAACCUGAUUGAAAAACUGUCCGCGAUGAUCCCUCAGUGCAAUCCCAUGGCACGGAAACUGGACAAACUGACAGUUUUAAGAAUGGCUGUCGAACACUUGAGAUCUUUAAAAGGUAUGACAAGUUCUUAUGCAGGAAAUAAUUACAGACCUUCAUUCAUUCAGGAUAAUGAGCUCAGACACUUAAUUCUUAAGACUGCAGAAGGCUUCCUAUUUGUGGUUGGAUGUGAAAGAGGAAAAAUUCUCUUCAUUUCUAAAUCAGUCUCCAAAAUACUUAAUUAUGAUCAGGCUAGUUUGACUGGACAAAGCUUAUUUGACUUCUUACAUCCAAAAGAUGUUGCCGAAGUAAAGGAACAACUUUCCUCCUCUGACAUUUCACCAAGAGAGAAGCUAAUAGAUGCCGAAACUGGUUUGCAAGCUCACAGUAAUUUCCACACCAGAAGGAGUUGUGUGUAUUCUGGCUCAAGACGAUCCUUUUUCUGUCGAAUCAAGAGUUGUAAAAUCUCUGUUAAAGAAGAGCACGAAUGCUUACUCAACUCAAAGAAGAAAGAUCAUAGAAAAUUCUGUACUAUCCACUGCACUGGUUACUUGAGAAGCUGGCCUCCAAAUAUAGUUGGAAUGGAAGAAGAAACGGACAAUAAGAAAGACAGUAGUAAUUUUACCUGCCUUGUUGCCAUUGGAAGAUUACAUCCAUAUAUUGUCCCACAGAACAGUGGAGAGAUUAAAGUGAAACCAACUGAAUUUAUUACCCGUUUUGCAGUGAAUGGACAAUUCGUCUUUGUUGAUCAAAGGGCAACAGCAAUUUUAGGAUAUCUGCCUCAGGAACUUUUGGGAACUUCUUGUUAUGAAUAUUUUCAUCAAGAUGACCAUAGUAAUUUGACUGACAAGCACAAAGCAGUUCUGCAGAGUAAAGAGAAAAUAUUUACAGAUUCAUACAAAUUCAGAGCAAAAGAUGGCUCUUUCGUAACUUUAAAAAGCCAGUGGUUUAGUUUCACAAAUCCUUGGACCAAAGAACUGGAAUAUAUUGUGUCUGUCAACACUUUAGUUUUGGGACAUAGUGAUACUGGAGAAACAUCAUUGCUUCCUUGCAGCUCUCAAUCAUCAGAAGGAUCCUCUAGACAGUCUUGCAUUAGUGUGCCUGGAAUGUCUACGGGAACGGUACUUGGUGCUGGUAGUAUCGGAACAGAUAUUGCAAGUGAACUUCUGGACUUACAAAGGUUACAGUCUUCUUCAUCCCUUGAUGAUUCAAGUCCAACAGAUUUAUUGAAAGAUACUCACACUAUAAACUGCAGGAAUAUGUCAGAUAAGGAACUGACUACACUAAGUCCUUCUGAAAUAGGGGAGCCACAGGCUACAAAGCAAAACCAAAGCGCUGCUACUCCCCAGAGUCACGAACCACUCCUUGGAAAUAUUUUUUCCAUCCCCUCACUUUCAGUCCAUGUGUGUCUUCAGUCCUGAAGUGGUUCUCUUGGCACAUCACAGCCUUCUUGUACAAAGGAACACCAGACAGCACUGUAGCAUUCUGCUUGGGGGCUGUUUUAAACAGUGAAAUCAACCCAAAAAACCACCAAAAUGUGAAAACCAUGGUUCCCCAAAGGAUGCUCGUUUACGGUAUCAGAGCUGAAUCAGGAAGGCAGUGCAUCACCUUGCCCAGCCUCAGCUGGGAACGUGUGGUCAGGAGACUCAAAAUUUCCUCUGCUCUGCGCGAGUCCACAGAUGACUGCAAAAGUGCCAAGAGUUUUGAUUUUGAAGUUUAUAAAUAAAUUUUUGUGAGUAGGUCAGUUUGCAAAUAUGGAAUCUGUGAAUAACGAGGACUGACUGUAUAUAUUCUUGGUUCCUCAGUCACCUCUCCCUCAAGUACCUUCAUUCAUUCUUGGCCUUCUCUUCUAGAACCCUCCUGGGCCUGCUUUCCUGACGCAAAGUCCUUAAUCGAAUCCCUUCCCUCCCCACUGUUAAAGUUGGCUAAUA